GUUAAACAUCUGGACCUGUCCAUUCCAAGUUUAAUCAUGACGACAUUUACUCUCGAAUAACAUAAUCCUUUUACAACAAGUAUACAAAAUGUCUCAAACCAAAAACAAAAUGUCCGAAAUCGACGACCACAUCAGCAAACGAUUCGACAUCCAGAAAAGACUGGGCAAAGGUGCUUACGGGAUCGUAUGGAAAGCGAUCGAUAGGAAAACCAAAGAAACCGUAGCGAUUAAGAAGAUUUUCGACGCAUUUAGGAACCAAACGGACGCCCAGAGGACCUUUAGGGAAAUCAUGUUCUUGCAAUCCUUUAAAUCGCAUCCAAAUAUUGUUAAAUUGCAUAGUGUUCAUAGGGCUGCCAAUAACAGGGAUAUUUAUUUGGGUUUCGAAUAUAUGGAAACUGACCUGCAUAACGUCAUCAAACGUGGAAACAUCUUAAAAGAAAUACAUAAAAAGUAUAUAAUGUAUCAGCUACUUAAGGCCGUAAAGUACAUACACUCAGGAAAUGUUAUCCAUAGGGACCUGAAGCCUAGUAAUGUUCUUUUGGACAGUUUAUGUAGAUGUAAAUUAGCAGACUUUGGCUUAGCCAGAUCGCUUACCCAGGGAUCAACGGAAGGCUUAUUGAGCGAAAGCGAUCCCACUUUGACUGAUUACGUCGCUACGAGAUGGUACCGAGCUCCUGAAAUUUUAAUUGCCAAUAGAAGAUACACCAAAGGGAUCGAUAUGUGGAGCCUGGGUUGCAUCUUAGCGGAAAUGCUUAUAGGAAAACCAAUAUUUCCCGGCACCUCGACGGUGAAUCAAGUCGAGAAAAUUAUGGCUACAAUCCCAACCCCAUCCUCAGAAGACAUCAACCAGGUGUGCAUCUCAGGAGUGGGAUCAUCAAUGAUAAAAAACGCCUCGUCAGUUUCAAAAUACCCGCUGCAAAACAUGCUUGGGUCAUCAGUACCUGCUGACGCAGUCAAUUUAGUCACGCAACUCCUCCUCUUCAACCCUUACAAAAGACUUAAAGCGGACGAGGCUCUUAACCACGAAUACGUGGCAAAAUUCCACGAUCUAGAGCAAGAAAUCAUUAUGCCUUCAAACGUCAUUAUCCCUUUGAAUGACGACGUGAGACUAUCAGUGGACGACUAUAGGAACAAACUGUACGAACUGAUGUCAUCCAGUAAUAGUAACCAAAAGAGUCAUCCUUCGGCAGCCAAACCCAGACUGAUUAUGCCAGAUGUUUAUCCAAAAGUGACCAAAAACGCCGAGAGAUACAUAAGGUCCCACGUGGUGUCCAAAGAGAGACCCCAAGUGAUGUCGCAAUCCGAAUCCAAGAUUAGCCAAAAACCGUCGUCGAGUUGGAUCCAUAAAGCGAACGUGAAGUCGGAUUCGAAAGUUCCAUUGAUGAAACCCGCCGUUUUGGAACGGACGAACAUUUUAAAGGCGUCAGGUGAUUGUAAGUUGAUGAAGUCGCACUCGGAGGUGCCGAAAAGAAGAAUCACCCCACCCAAGCCGAAUUUGUAUCAAUCGUUUAAUAGUUUUAAUAAAUCUCACGGGAUUAUUACGCAGAGCGCCCUGAUGGAACUGAGAGCCACAGGUUUUCGAUGAAAACCUACACCUCCCUGUUUUAUAACGACCGUCUUUUUUAUAUAUGAGUUUUUAUACAUUUACACUUUACGUAUGUCAUUUAAAUGAAAUAAAAACUUUUUUGAGAAUAAUUA